UCAUCCCAUUGCAUUCCACACAAGUGCCGCUGGCUUUUCUUUCUUUUCCCUUAGCCGAAUGCGUUGUGCUGUGAAGUGAAAGCACAGAGUGAUAGCAUCAUCGUUCACCAUGUCUACCAUCUUCUCUCUUUCUGCUUCUUAUUCCUCUUCUCGUCUCUUGUGUCCAUUCUCUCCUCGCCACCCUCUUCUCUUCUACACGCGCCGUCGUCGCGUUCCACACUCUCGUUGGCGCUUCACACCUCGUCUUCUUUCAGUUGCUGCAUCACAGAGAGAGAAUGGCGUCUUUACAUCUCCUGAUAUAGCCAAAUCUUUCGACUUUGCCGCGGAAGAACGAAUAUACAAUUGGUGGGAGUCUCAAGGGUACUUCAGGCCGAACUUUGACCGAGGAAAUGAUCCUUUUGUGAUAUCAAUGCCGCCUCCUAAUGUUACUGGUUCUCUGCACAUGGGGCAUGCCAUGUUUGUGACCCUUGAGGAUAUUAUGGUUAGGUACAACCGCAUGAAGGGAAGGCCAACACUUUGGCUUCCAGGGACUGAUCAUGCUGGAAUUGCAACUCAGUUGGUUGUUGAAAGAAUGCUAGCUUCUGAAGGAAUGAAAAGGACUGAAAUGAGUAGAGAUGAAUUUACAAAAAGGGUUUGGCAGUGGAAAGAGAAAUAUGGUGGAACUAUCGCAAAUCAGAUCAAGAGACUUGGUGCUUCUUGUGAUUGGUCUAGAGAGCACUUUACCCUUGAUGAACAGCUAAGUCAAGCUGUAGUUGAGGCAUUUGUUAGACUUCAUGAGAAAGGUUUGAUUUAUCAAGGUUCAUAUAUGGUUAACUGGUCACCUGCUCUGCAAACUGCUGUUUCUGACUUGGAAGUUGAAUAUUCAGAAGAGUCAGGAUAUUUGUAUUAUAUCAAGUAUCGUGUUGCUGGAAGGAGUGACUACUUGACUGUUGCUACAACCAGACCAGAGACCUUAUUUGGUGAUGUGGCACUUGCAGUUCAUCCAAAGGAUGAUCGUUAUUCCAAGUAUAUUGGUAUGAUGGCAAUUGUACCUCAGACGUUUGGCCGACAUGUUCCUAUUAUUUCUGACAAGAAUGUUGAUAGAGAAUUUGGAACUGGAGUUUUGAAAAUUAGUCCAGGACAUGAUCAUAAUGACUACCUACUUGCUCGAAAGCUUGGUCUUCCGAUACUUAAUGUGAUGAACAAGGAUGGAACACUUAAUAAUGUUGCUGGCCUGUACAGUGGCAUUGAUCGUUUUGAGGCUCGAAAAAAACUAUGGGCAGAGCUUGAGGAGACAGGAUUAGCUGUGAAAAAGGAACCACACACUUUACGAGUUCCCAGAUCUCAGCGUGGCGGAGAAGUGAUAGAGCCACUUGUUAGUAAGCAGUGGUUUGUGAGUAUGGAGCCUCUUGCUGAAAAAGCUCUUCAUGCAGUUGAAAAAGGAGAACUGACCAUAAUUCCAGAAAGAUUUGAGAAGAUUUACAAUCAUUGGCUUUCCAACAUUAAGGAUUGGUGUAUAAGCAGACAACUAUGGUGGGGACAUCGGAUACCUGUGUGGUAUAUUGUUGGAAAAGAGAAUGAAGAGGACUACAUAGUUGCUAGGAAUGCUAAUGAAGCACUUGAGAAAGCUCACAAGAAAUAUGGGAAGAAUGUAGAAAUAUAUCAAGAUCCUGAUGUUCUUGAUACUUGGUUUUCAAGUGCACUAUGGCCUUUUAGUACCCUUGGAUGGCCAGAUUUGUGUGCAGAGGAUUUUAAGCGCUUCUAUCCGACUACAAUACUUGAAACUGGGCAUGACAUAUUGUUCUUUUGGGUAGCAAGAAUGGUGAUGAUGGGGAUUGAGUUCACAGGAACUGUUCCAUUUUCUUAUGUUUAUUUGCAUGGACUAAUCAGAGAUUCACAGGGGAGAAAAAUGUCUAAAACAUUGGGAAAUGUAAUAGACCCCCUUGACACUAUCAAAGAAUUUGGGACAGAUGCUUUACGAUUUACCCUAGCUUUAGGAACAGCUGGUCAGGACCUUAAUUUGUCUACUGAGCGGUUGACCUCCAACAAGGCCUUCACAAACAAAUUGUGGAAUGCUGGCAAAUUUAUAUUACAGAACUUGCCUAAUGAAAAUGAUAAAUCAGCUUGGCAAAAAAUUUUGUCUUAUAAGUUUGACAGUGAAGGCACUGUGCUUAAUCUUCCUUUACCAGAGUCUUGGGUGGUUUCGAAACUCCACUUGCUCAUUGAAUCAGUCAGUGCAAGCUAUGACAAAUUUUACUUUGGAGAAGUGGGAAGAGAAACAUAUGAUUUCUUUUGGGCUGAUUUUGCUGAUUGGUACAUUGAGGCUAGUAAAGGACGUCUAUACCACUCUGGAGCUGGGGGCAACUCUGUUGCUUCAAUGGCACAGGCUGUUCUAUUAUAUACUUUUGAGAACAUACUCAAAGUGCUUCAUCCUUUCAUGCCAUUUGUAACUGAGGAGCUGUGGCAGGCACUUCCUUACCGGAAGCACGCUCUUAUUAUAUCACCUUGGCCUGAGACUCAACUUCCAAGGAGCACUAGCUCUAUAAAGAAGUUUGAAAAUUUGCAAGCUUUGGUAAGAGCUAUUCGAAAUGCCCGGGCAGAAUAUUCUGUUGAGCCUGCUAAGCGGAUAUCAGCAUCUGUGGUUGCAAGCAAUGAAGUUAUCGAAUAUAUUGCUGAAGAACGAGAGAUUUUAGCACUUCUUUCUCGGCUGGAUUUACAAAAUCUGCAUUUUACAGAUUCUUCUCCAGGAAAUGCAGAUCAAUCAGUUCAUCUCGUGGCUGGAGAAGGACUAGAGGCAUAUCUUCCUCUGGCUGAUAUGGUUGAUAUUUCUGCAGAAGUUGAACGGCUUUCAAAGCGCCUUUCCAAGAUGCAGAAGGAGUAUGAUGGAUUGAUAGCUAAACUCAAUUCUCCUCAAUUUGUAGAGAAGGCACCUGAAAAUGUGGUCCGUGGGGUGCGAGAAAAAGCUGCAGAAGCAGAAGAGAAGAUCACUUUAACCAAGAACCGACUUGCAUUGCUGAACUUUAAUGUUCUAGUAUCAAAAUAAACUCGACUACAAUUGCUGUUUUGUGGCUUAUCAUGGAAGCAAAUGUUUAUUGUUGCAGCUCAGUAGCAUAAAUCACAACUCUAUGCAGAUACCGUCACCUUCUUUUUUUUUUUUGGUUUUGAAAACAGAGAUGAACAGGAAAUCUACAAUGGUUGCUGUGGCCGACCAUCAUUUUAUAAAUUGAGAGUUAGGUAUUGCUAGCUUUAUUCUGCAGAAUCUGCACCAAGAAUGCCUCAUUAGCCUCAACUAUUCGAUUACAAAUGGGAUACUGAGGAAGUCAUUUCGGAGCACCAAGGAUGACACCUGUGUUGUAGAUUCUUUUUUCGAAAGAAAAGUUGAUUUUUUGGAAUAUUUAUAAUACAGUUUUGUGCUUGUAUUGAUGAUAUUGAAGGUAUUUCUAAACCGGGCAGUAGACGCAAUUAAUUUGUCCUCUCUCUUAGGUUUCUGCUUCUGUUGUACAAUAGUGAGCUCAAAAAUAAAUGGAAUGUAGUCUCAGUGUACUUUAUGUAUUCAAAUAACAUCUUAUAUCUAUUCAGAAUAAUUGAUAUGCUGUUCACUU